AUGAGCCUGAUGAAGGAGGCGUCCUCGCUGUGCAAGCUCGGCUUCGACAUCGACAAGGGCGCGGGCUUCUUCUGCCAGGUUCCAUCGCCCGUCCACGAUGGGGAACUGAUCGUGCUGCAGCCUUGUGAGCGGCUCACCAAGGUCUCCGUCAUCGGCGCUGGCAACGUGGGCAUGGCGAUCGUGCAGACCAUCCUCACGCAGGGCCUCGCCGAUGAGAUCGCGCUCGUGGACGCAGAGGCCGACAGGGUCCGCGGCAAGAUGCUGGACCUGCAGCAUGCCGCGACGUUCCUCCCGCGCGUCCGCAUCGUCGCAGGCACCGACGUGCUCGCGCUCACCAGGAGCUCCGACCUGGCCCUCAUCACGGUGCCCAGGGAGACGGCGGCGGCGUCGCGGAUGGACCAGCUGAGGAGGAACGUGGCGCUGCUAAGGGAGGUCGUGCCGACGGUGGCGGAGGGGUCGCCCGAGUCGCUGCUGCUGGUGGUCUCGAACCCGGUGGACGUGCUGGCGUAUGCGGCGUGGAAGCUGUCGGGGUUCCCGUCGAGCCGCGUGAUCGGCUCCGGCACGGACCUCGACUCCGCCAGGCUGCGGUGCCUCCUGGCCGAGCACCUCGGCGUGGGCGCGCAGGACGUGCAGGCGUACAUGGUCAGCGAGCAUGGAGACGGCGCGCUGGCGCUGUGGUCGAGCGUCCGCGUCGGCGGCAUGCCGGUGCUGAGCUACCUCCAGAAGACCCACUCGUUGUUUGACGCGGAGGCCCUGGAGGGGAUCCGGCGGGCGGUGGUGGGCGGCGCGGGCGAGGUGAUCGGCCUCAAGGGGUACACGUCCUGGGCCAUCGGCUACUCGGCGGCCAGCCUGGCCCGGUCGCUCCUCCGCGACCAGCGGCGCGUCUACCCGGUGUCGGUGCUCUCCAAGGGGUUCGUCCCCGGCAACGCCCACGAGGUCUUCCUUAGCCUCCCGGCCAGGCUCGGGCGCCGCGGCGUGCUCGGGAUUGUUGGGAUUGCCGCUGAGCUGGAGCUCACCGGCGACGAAGAAACGACGCUCCACCGGUCCGCCGAGACGCUCUAG